CCUCUCACUCUGACCGUCUGACGCAUCGCCUUGCAUCCCCCCACUCCGCCGCCGUCGUUGCCGCCAUGGGCCGAGGCCGCAACCGCAAGCCCCGCAACUUCGCCACGUUCCGCCUCUGCCCGCGCCCGGGCGCCGCCGACGCCUCCGACCGCGUCUUCGUCCGCGUCGACGACAACCCCUACUCCGUCCCCGGCUUCGCCGAUGACGGCUGCGGCGGCCCCUCGUCCUCCACCGCCGUCGGAGGAGACGAUGAGCCCUCAUCCUCGUCGGCCGACGACGGCGGAGGCGCCCUCCCGGAGCACGUCCGCCGCGAGAUCCUGGAGCUCGGCCUCCCCGACGACGGGUACGACUACCUCGCCCACCUCCGCGAGCUCCGCCCCUCCCUCUCCUCCACCGGCGGCGGAGGCUCCUCCGCCGUGUUCCUCCCCAGCCGCCGCCGCCCCGCGCGCUCCGGCCUCCCCGUGGACGUCAUGGCCUACGACUUGAGUCGUGCUCCGAUUGGUUCCGGGGAGGUUGCGGUGGCGACGAGGCGGGUCGAGGAGGCUAUCGACCUGGAUGUCGCGAAGCUGCUUGACGGGAGUGAUUUGCCGGCUGUUGAGUCCGGGGAUGAGGAUUUGGAGGAGGAUUUUGUUAUCCUUGCAAAUCAGUCAGAUGAGGAGCAGCAAAAUGAGGAGGAAGAGAAGAACAUUGGUGAGGGAAAGGGAAAAUCGCAGCAGCUACAUCAUGAGCAGUUUGAUUCGCUUGCUUUGGAAGAAUGUGCUGGCGGUGAAGACGCUGUUAAAUAUUGUGCUACUGCUACCGCUGUUUCCAGAUCAUAUCUCAGUAUUCACUCUCAGAAAACUCUAGUCCCAGAAAAUGCAAAAAAGAAACUUCCAAAAUUUUGUACAGGAGAAACAAGUAUGAAAAAGGCUAUCAUCAAAAAAGGAAUUGAGAACCUUCCUGGAGAGUACUUACCUCAGAGGAAAACCUUGAGUGGUGAGACUUUAAAUCAGGGACCCUACAAGGAACUGCAAGAGGAAGCGAAAGAAACCUAGUUCCAUGAAAUGCUUGAAACCGUGGUGUUUCCUGGCUUGUGGCAGUGUUGAAUCCUGAAAGAUCAAGGCGCAGAGGCAACGAAAGAUGCCAAGGGCUUGUAUAUAUGUGAAAUACAGAAGGCUCAGCAAGUUGUUGCUGUAACUGGAUCAUAUUCUUUACGCCUUAUGUAUGUCCUGUAAUCUGAAUGUCUAUCUUGAACCAUGUAGUAUCAAACUUCAAGACAACAUGGAUUAUGGCUACAUUUUUGUCUCUUUACCAUUCA